AUGCCUCUGCCUUUCUCUUCCAUUUGCGAAUUACUUGACCAGUGUUACACUCUUUCUCUCACUAGAAAGAGUUGUGCCAGCAUCGUCAUAGAUUGGUUUGAUAGGCAUCGCAAUUAUGUCGACGCCCAUGAUACCAGCCUCUCGGCACUCUUGUCGACCUUACUCCCAGACAAGAGAACCGAUAGAGUUUACUGUAUUCAGGCUCCCAGCCUGGAAAGAAUCAUCGGCCGUGCAUGUCUUCUAGGGGCCUCACGUAUCGCCGAGCUGGCUCGAUACCGUCAACCAGGUUCUGGUGUUGACCUAGCAGACUGCGUUCAUCGCAUUCUGACUGUAACAGCCAGCAUGACUCCAGCCAACAGAACAGAUGUUGAGCUCAUGUACAGAAGGCUGAGUGCAGUAGAGGCCAGGUGGUUCACAAGGUUGAUUUUGAAAAGGUAUCAACCGCUGGUAUUAGACCCACAUCUCAUAUAUCGGCUCUGCGACCCUCUUCUUCCUUGCGUUCUCAAGGUUCAAGACGAUUUUGCUACUGCGAUUACCACUACUCAAACGUUACGAAGGAGAUUAAUCCCAAAUUCUGGACGACAGACACCGCGUGAGCAAAUCAUGGGUACGGCAAAGCCCCAACUGGGCAUCAAGAUUGGACGACAGCCUUGGAUCAAAGGCCGUAGUAUCAAGCAUUGUUUGGAUAUGGGCCACGGGCGUAUGAGUGUGGAAGAAAAGAUCGAUGGCGAAUACUGCCAGAUACAUAUAGAUCCAAAUAAAGGAGAUCGGUGCAUUCAAAUUUUUUCCAAGAGCGGCAAAGACAGCACUGAAGAUAGGGUUGCACUUCACGGGACAAUAAUAGAAUCGCUCAAAAUUGGACAGCCCGACGCCAGAGUCACCAAGGGUUGUAUCUUGGAAGGGGAGUUGGUUGUGCCUGGACCACAAGAACACCUAAUGAUUAUAUAUUAUGACAUAAUGCUUCUUGACGAUCAGUCACUGAUCAAUCUACGGCACUCGGAGAGGUUUAAAAUUCUUUCCAAUCUUAUCUGUUGUAGUAAAGGAUGGGCAGAACUAGUUCCUCGACAAGUUGUUGAUUUUGGCCAACCACUUGGCGUAUCGGCCUUGCGCAAAACGUUUGCCUUGACCAUCUUGGCCCGAAAAGAAGGCCUCGUUUUGAAGCCAGAUGAGCCCUACUUUGACUUCAAAGAUCAACGGCGAAAAUUCUCGAGUUGCUGUAUCAAGCUCAAAAAAGAGUACAUUGGAAACUUGGGAGAUGUUGGCGAUUUUGCAGUUGUCGGGGCCAAGUACGACUCGGCGAAAACAAUCUCCUACAGGAUUCCAGGGUUGAAAUGGACGCAUUUUUAUGUUGGCUGCUUGGACAACAGAGAAUCGGUUAGAAGUUGGAAGGCCAAGCCGGAAUUCACGAUCGUCAAUGUCGUUGAACUAAACGAAACGCUUCUUAGGGAGGUUGUCACCUACUCAAACCCAGAGCCCGUUGCCCCAAGAGAUAACGAGGCGAUCAUUCUCAAGCAAGCCCCUGGCGUUGAGCAAGGGUUGCCUCCAACUGCUAUAUUUACUAAACCGCUGGUCUUUGACAUCAAAUGCUUCAGCUUUGAUAGAAUGGGAAGCACUGGGUUUUGGAGCCUGCGAUUUCCUUCAGUGACAAAAGUACAUUUUGAUCGGGAUUUCACUGACACGAUAUCCUUUGAACAGUUGCAAAAGCUGGCCAAGGAUGCGACUACAGCGGCUGCUCUCGAGGAUAGUCAGGAGAACUUACAAUGGAUUGCCAAACUAGAGGCAGCCGACCCGCGUGGUAUUGCAGUUGAUGCUGCUAGUCAGUUGACAGUGACAACUAUGCCAACACCGUCGCCUCGAAAGUCAACACAGAAUACCACCUCUACAUGGUCUCCCACUUCCCCACUAACAACAAGAUCACCAGCGGGCAAUAUUGAUAGCCCUUGCCGUGAUAGGGUCGGAAGAUCCAGCCCUUUAAUAUUAUCUACUGCGGUAGCCACGCUGCCUACACCUGCUGCACCGCUCGAUUCACCCACCGGGCAGCGUGCAAAACAGAAACGUGAUCCGCUCAUUAUACAGCCUGCACCACCACAUAAACGCCCGAAACUGUACACUGAAUCACCGUCGAAAGAUAAACACCCGCUCGACAGCGCAACAAGUUCACAACCACGCCAACCUCUCAACGGUGUGAACGACAACUCGCGCUCUCAGCCUGUCAUGAUUACUUGCGCAUCUCUGUCCACCUCUGGUUCCGACUCGGAUGAGAAUAAUGCUCCGGGUUCUGCACCGUGCGUCGACCUUGCAACCAGUGUUCCUUCUGGGAAUGAUCUCGAGACCGACGCAGAACUUCGCCGUGAUAUUCCAGUGAAUAACAUCGUUUCUACUGGCACUAAGGGGUGCAUCUAUGCGAACGAGGAGUGUGCAUUUGUAAAAACAGAUAUGUUGAUUUCACCUGGACUUCUCAAUAAUCCGAUAGCUAAGACACUACUUAAGCUACACGGAAUUGAAAAUCCAGUCGAGAACCUUGAUGCUUGGCUGGAACAGAAAAAGUCAGGUAAGCUCAGAGAGACAGGGAUCAGCAGCACCAAGAUCUUUCUUCUGUGUCAAUCGGACGAGAAAGAAGCGACAAAGUCCCUUUUUGACAAGAUCCAGAAAGUACGGGAAUGGAUCCCACACAGACUACAGAACUGGAUUCAUGUUUACGACUGGCGCGUUCUGCAACAUGUGACAGUCCAGGAGGAUGACACUGUCCAACCCAAAGAUUACGAUGGGUUCCAUACCCCGUGGCAGCGCUGGCGCAUCGGACCUGGACUUAUCUAA